AUGAAAAUAUUUAAGUCAAUUUUCAAAAGUAAGAAGGAAGAAAUAAUUUCUGAAGUUUAAGUAGAAUACUCUACAAUAUAUGAUACUAAUUCACAAAUUGUGUAGUUAGAAGACAUUAAAGCAAUUAUUUAAAGUGAAAAAAAAAGAAAGCAACUUUUCAAUAGAUCAACAACCUCCAUACUUGAAGAAUUAAAAGUCUUAUACACUAUUCACAUGAUGAUCAUUGCAGGUUAAAUUGAUGAUUUUGAUUAAGUAACCUAAUGCUUUCAGCAAGGAAAGGUACUAAAUAUAUGUUAAAAAAGAUAAUUUUUGGGAAAAUUUAAGAUCAAAGACAUAUCCAUACUUAUUAAGUUAAUCAUACUGUAUCCCUCUAGACUUAAUAAUAAUAAAAAACUAUUUGUUAUUUGAAUUCAUCAGAAGUAUAUAUCAAAUUUAUUAUAUAGUAUACUUCAUAAUUGGAUGAUGUUGAUACAGAAUUAACAAAACUUUAUUAUUCUUAUCUAUAAAGAGCAGCUAAUAAUUCUGAUAUUUAUUACUCUUCUUAAAGAAUGUAAUAUCCAUAUUAGGAUGAGUUUAAUAAUAGAAGAGUUUAGUAUUUAUGGUUAUUCAAAUUAUUAAAUUUACUCAAUUUUAAAUUGGCUAUGAUUCCAUUUAUAUAAAAAAUUAUCCCUAAAUAAUUAAUAAUAACUGUAUGAUUUAUUAAUUUAUCUAAUAGAAUAUUGUGAAAGAUAUAGCAAUUCUAAUCUAUAAAGAUUGUAUUAAUGAGUAUUUGUUUUUUAAAAAAGAAGUUGAGGAAUAAAUUGAAUUUUAUUCUUAAUUUAGCGUUAAAGAUGGUUAUUUAUUAUUAAUAUUAGUAAGCAAUUAGUUUUUAUGAAUUGUAUACUUAAAUGAAAUUUGUGACAGAAAAAAUGAAAUUGUUUCAUAAUUUAAGAUAUUAAUUUAUUAGACAUGAAAAUAUUAGAGUGUUUAAUUGGUUUGUUUUGGAUAAGAGUCUAGAAAAAGAUAUAGAAAAUUACAUAUAAAAAGCAAAAUUAAUUAAUACAACAUAAUUCAAAAACAGUUUGUAAGUUCCAUCAUAAAAAGCAGCAUAUGAGCAUUUGUCAAAAUAAUUACUUUUGCCAAAACCUUAAAAAGUAACAUAGCUUCCUACUUAAAAAGGACAUUUAUUAAAAGCAAGUCUUAUCUCCAGAAAACCAAAAGAAAAAAUAGCCAUCCAAAUAAAAUAGUUAGAGACUAUAUUACCAAUAUUGA